AGGCGCGGGCUUCCCCACGCGCCCCGGGAAGGGACAGCUCGGUGUGGGGUCCGGGAGGCCUGGGCCCCGCGGCCGCAUCCGGGGAGCCCUCGGCAGUCGCGGCGCUGCUUCCCAGGGAAUCUCUACAGAGCCUCCAGCGGUAGAGGCCUGGCCUCCAGAAGGAACUUCGAGAACCCAGUGUAGCCCCACCUAGGACACCUCUACCCUCCACCCCAGCAGAGACAGCCCAGCCCCUUCCCUCAGCCCUGGGGAGCCAGGCCCAGGGCUUUUAGCAGCUCUGACCUUUAUUUUAAGUCCCAAGUCUGGCCCCCUGGUAACCUGCACUCUGCAGUCCCUGAUAUCCCCCUGGGGUCCCUCAGCCAGGUAUGCUGGAAAAGGGCUUGGCACAGAGGAGGCUCUUGAGAAGCCUUCGUUCUUCUCUUCUCUUCCUUCCUCUCCUUUGUUCACUUCAGAGAUCUGAAGUCAGCUGCCACCCCUGUCUAUUUUCUUCUACUGCUUUCCUCAGCUGUCCUCGAGCCUGAUCCCCCUUCCAGGCCUCCUCAGUCACCCGCUGUCUCUUUCCAUCAUUCCCUUUGUCGCCUGUGCCCCUGAAGAGGGGUGGGGGCUUAGGACAGGGCUUUGCAUAGGAUCUGGACUAGUUGUGGGAAUUUGGGCAGGUAACUUCCCUUCUCAAGCCUCAGUUUCCUAAUUCAAAAAGAAAAAACAUGGGUAAGGUCAUGGCAGCUCCCACAGAAGAUGGCGAGAAAUAAGAUCAUGCGUAGGCCCAGCACAUGGCCAGAGCAGGAGAAAGCAGGCCCGGGAUGGGUGAGCCUGCGUCUUCCUCAUUCCUCAGGGUUGGCACUCUGAGGCCGUGUGGACUUUCCAGCCUCAGUUUACCCUCCUACAAAAUAAGGACGUCAUCCCUGCCCUUCCCCCAUCGUAGGGUGGCUGGGAGGGCUCUCCCUGCCUAACUGGGAGAUGGACGACUUUUCUUUGACUUUUUCUUCCUCCUCUUUAUCUGCAUUCUUGGGUUUUUCUCGGUGAGGGUAGGGUGUGCUUCUUGCUAGGUGUGGCAGCUACUGAUAACUUUGCCUCCCUGGGGCAGGCCCUCUCAGAGGAGCCACCUGGGCUAGGACUGGCUGCCUGGUGGGAGGGGACUCCUGGGGCUGCCCAAGGUGUGGUUGUGGGGCCCUUAUGCCUCCCAGCCAGGAGUGGGGAGAGAGGACUCCCCGACCACCGAUUACCAGAAAGACCUCCUGGCCCCUUCCAGAGAACCCUGGCUCAGGAGCCUGGCGUUGGCGGACACAGUGCCUAGCUGCAGCUUCUGGGCAUUGAGCUUUGCUUGGACACAGGAACUUUCACUUUUGUUUCUUUUUACUUCCCAUAUUCUGGGAGUGCAGUGACCUAGUUUUUAGCGGCCUUUUACGUCCCUCUCUGCCGAGGAGACUUGAGGGCCUCCAGCACUAUGGGAUUCAGUGCAAACUGACUCCAGCACUCAGGCUGCCUUUAAACUGGCUUCCCCUUAGCAAGCCACCUACUCCUCUGUCUCCCCCUCCUCUUCAGAGCCCCAGGAUACACGUGGUCCCUUCAUCCUGGCUCUUUCUGUGCUGUUGCCUCCUCCAUUCAUGCUUCCUGAGCCAGGAACACCUCCUCCAGGGAGUCCUCCUUUCCUGACGCAUUUGUGGUCACCACUGCACGUGCCACUCAGCCUCAUGCAUCUCCCGUGGUGUUCCACGAGACCCACCGUGGCCUGUCUGGGACAUGGGAGCUAGAAGGGACUUUAGGAUGGGCCUGGACAACCCUGCCACUCAGAUGGGGACCCCCGUCACCUUUGCGGUGUCACCUAUACGGGCCCUUUCCUGCACACUCACACUCGUUCUGAUCAGCGUCUCCUGAGAGAAGCUUGUUUGGGAAACUCCUGCACGUCUUGGGUCAGUUGUUCAUCUUGUCUCCUCUCACUCCUACCCCAGCAGGACCUUAUGGGAUCUCAGGAUUGGAAGGGACUUGAAGGUCCUCUGACUCAGGCCUGAGUCCCUCCAAGAGGGACUCACCUGCCUGAAUUCCUUCGGUGGUAGAGAGCUCACUACCUUGUGAGGUAGCUCCUUUUGGUCACCAGAAAGCUUUGACUAGGAAAGAUCUUUCUUAGGCUGAGCUGAAAUCUGUCAUCCUGCCUUUCUACCCACUGGCCCCAGCUUUCCCCUCUGGGGCCCCAGAAUUCAUCAGAGGCCUCCACCGUGUCUUCCAGAGGCUGAUCCUCUCCAGGCUGAACAUCGCCCAUCCUUGUACCAAUUCCUCAUCAGACCCCUCUUCCAGCCUCAACACACCUCAAAUCACCACUGCCUCUUGCACAAAGCAGGGACCAGGCUGGGGGAAGCAGCCCAUGGCCCAAGAACCCAUGGGUUCCUGGAGGCCAUGCAACCCAGCUGACCCUUCUUAAACUGGUCAACGAGACCCCCAUCUGGGUCCCAUGAGUUGCUAUGGCCCCUGGCAUUUCCCUGUGAGAUAUUCUUUAAAAGCCUCUCUGACUCCUUAUCCCAAAUACCACAUUAACAUGCUAACCCUGAAAUCUUUUUGUUUAUCAUGGUAAAAAUGCAUAGCAUAAAAUGUAUUAUCUUAACCAUUUUUAAGUGUACAGUUCUGUAGUGUUAAGUAUAUUUACAUUGCUAUGCAACAGAGCUCCACAACUUUUUCAUGUUGCAAAACUGAAACUCUAUACAUGUUAAACAACACCUCUGCCUUUUCUCCUCUCCACUGUAGACCUGAAAUCUUUGUUUUUCCUAUUGACAAGGGCUUGGUCCGUCUGUUGGCCAGGAAGUCCCGAUACUUCAGGUUGUAGCUCUGCCCUCUGCCUUAAUGCCUGUCCCCAUGAUCAGUUUCCACCUCCAUGUCUCCCCACCUCUGCCUGUCAACCAAAACCUCACAAAUCCUGGGGUUCAGAGCCCCCAUAUCCCUGCCCUGCCCACAUUACUCUGACUGGACCUCACUGGACAGCCUCACUGAGCCCAAGUUCUAGAGCUUGCUCCACGUACUCUUUGUCUAAGCGUCUACUUCCUCCUUCUCAGAAGGCCCACGGACAGCUCCACCAUGCAGGUGUGACCUGCAGUUACCUUCACCUUCUGGGUCUGUAGCUCCUGGGUCUGCAGCCCCCAACCCCCCCGAAGGCAAGCCCUGGGUCUUCUUUCCCUCACGUCUCCUCAGAAAUUCCAUGGGAUUUGACUUGGCCCAGGAGACAUGGGAGAUCUGGCUAUGAGAAAAGGGACUAGGACUCCCUGUUGCAUCAUCUCCUCAGUCUCGGGUGAAAGGCAGCAGAGUAGAAGAAAGGCACCGGUGAAGUUCUGGAGGCUGGGAAGUCCAAGAGCAUGGCAUUGGCAUCUGGCGAGGCCCUCGUGCUGCAUUAUCCCAUGGAAGAGCAGAAGGGCAACUUCCAAACAGUUUCAUAAUGAGGUCCUGAAGGCCCACAAUGAGUACCGGCAGAAGCACGGCGUCCCCCCACUGAAGCUCUGCAAGAAGCUCAACCGGGAGGCUCAACAGUAUUCUGAGGCCCUGGCCAGCACGAGGAUCCUGAAGCACAGCCCGGAGUCCAGCCGUGGCCAGUGUGGGGAGAACCUUGCAUGGGCAUCCUAUGAUCAGACAGGAAAGGAGGUGGCUGAUAGAUGGUACAGUGAAAUCAAGAACUAUAACUUCCAGCAGCCUGGCUUCACCUCGGGGACUGGGCACUUCACGGCCAUGGUAUGGAAGAACACAAAGAAGAUGGGCGUGGGGAAGGCGUCCGCAAGUGACGGGUCCUCCUUUGUGGUGGCCAGAUACUUCCCAGCGGGGAAUGUUGUCAAUGAGGGCUUCUUCGAAGAAAACGUCCUGCCGCCAAAGAAGUAACUUGUUAAAUGUAAUGGGAAGGUGGCAGACUUAAGAACAUGGAUAUGAAGUGCCUACAACCACCAAAACCUGGCUGUGCGUCUGUCCCUGUGGGUGUAUGUGCUUGUGUGUGUGAUGCAUGUGAGCAUCUCUGGCACACACACUUGGACAUACAGUUCUGUGUGCGCUCAUUCUUAUUACAGGAGUGAGCAAAGGAAGCAUUUACCCCGAUGGUUACCUAGACCACGAUUAUUUGGAUUGGGGGGAGGGGGGAUCCGUUUUUUUUUAAAUUUUUUGUUAUUGCUAAGCAAACCUCUUUUGUACUUUUCUUACUUCUAAUAUCCAUCCCUGGACUUUUUGUAUUCCAAAUGUUUGUGAUGCUGAGAAGUGAAGUUCAUUUUAUGUGAUCUUCAUGCGUCGUAAUCUACUUUUGGUAGAUAAUUAAGAUUAUUAAACCCUCAUUUAAAUGUGACAUAAAAUACAGCUUUAAGCACAUAAAUAUAAAGCAGCUUCCAUCAGGAACAUGGAGCAGGCAGGGACUCCAUUUUACAGAAUUACUGAGAUUUCUCAGUUGUAAAACAUGAUGUCAUCCUGCAUGCCUCCUGGAAUUCUCCAAUGGGGUCGCCAAAGAACAAAUGGAGAAAAAAAGUUUUACUUCCUUGCAUUCUUCUACCUUUAAAUAGCAAAGUACCACUACUACCACCACCUCUUGCCCCCUUCCCUCUUUUCUUAAACUUCUGGCAUUUCAGAGCUCAGCAGGCUACCCCUGGUUUCUGGAGAGUUGGGCUAGGCCUGAAGCUGCCCCUCCCCCACCUCUGCUAGGCAGCCCAGGCCUGGUCUGGGAGACAGCCCCUCACCCUGCCUGGGCUCUUGGCCAAGCGGCCUUGGAUGGAUGAAGUCAGAGAGGUGGGGUGAGGGUGAGCUUACUCAGGGCCCCCAGAGGAAGCCCUCAGCCUCUGCCCUCCCCCUACACAGGGCGGGAGCCCAGGCCUGUUCCUGGCAGCUGUGGCUGCAGCUGUGCUCCUGCUCCCUCCUGGAAUGUGCGACAAGCCCAAAUGUUCCAGGGAGACGGCCUGGGCAGGGGGCUUAGAAAUGCUAAUAUGGUUCUGUGUUUUGCCUGAAACGAUACCAGGUUCCCCUGAAUAGCAACUUUACAAGGUCCAUGUGGGAGGGACCAACCCAGAUGCCCUGCUGAGUGUCCCUGAAACCAUGGCAGCUCCAUCUGUCAAGAUGGCAGGGGCCGGAGUGAGGGGGCUGCUGGCUUAACAGCAGGCAUCUGGGCAGGCCAGUCCUCAAAGCAGCUCCUGAAGGUCUGUGUUGCACUGUCACCAGUCUCAAGCUAUGCCUCUAAUUUCACCAGGGAUAUUGACUAAGAAGACAAUAAAAUCUUUUUCUUUGUGUAAUAA